GUGAGCUCACUCUCUCAUACAUUUCUCACUCUCUCAUACAUUUCUCACUCUCUCUCUCUCAUACCUUUCUCUCUCUUCAUUCACUCCCCAAAACCCAAACCCAACUCCUCUCCACUGCUCUUCUCGUGGUCUCUUCUCUCCAACACACAAAAAAAUUGAGUCUUUAUUAAAUACACAAUCCAACUCUCUCUCUCUCUAUCUCUCUCCCUGUUUCCCUUUUCAAAAACCCUAAUCCAAAUCUUCUUCCCUUGCCUUCUCUUUCGGAGAAAGGGGAUUUCUUUUCCUGCUUCAAUCCGUUUGAGUUGGACGGUCCCUCUUCACCUUCGGUUCUGGGCUGUAAUUGUAGCAGGAUUUGGAUGCUUCAUUUUGAAAUUAGUGAAGGGAUCUUAAGAGGCCAUUUGAAUCUUUGUGUAGGCAUGAUUGAAGCUAAACUGAGAGGAUAUGUAGUUUGGAUUCUUAGUUUGGUGGUCUUCUAUCUUCACAGGAUUUCUUUAGAAAUGGGUUAGGACAAGGUUUUCGGUUGUGUCUAAAUUUGAAGUAGUUUGAUGAAUCUAGCGGAAAUGGGUACGUUCCCCAGUACUAGUGAAAUUGUUGAAUCAACUGAUGAAGUAGACUAUGAAUUCAGAACGGAUGAGAAAUUUGGAGACCGGUUGACUGAGAAAAAGUAUUCCAUUGAGGAUGAUAUCAAUCGUCUCUUUCAGGCCAUUGACAUCAGAAGUUCAGCUAGAAAUUCGGGUUUGUCACAUGAAUUUGGUAAAGAUCCUUUGCGAAAAAGUGCUAUGAAAAGACCAAUGAGAGCUGGUAUGUCACCAGCAUCGGGAAUUGGAAUUUCAGAACCUGUAAGUUUGAAGCAAGCUUUGCGAGGAUUAUGUAUCUCUCAAGCAUCGGAGAUGGCUGCCAUGAAGCGAUUAUCGAAGCCAGCUCGUUCAUCGGGGGUCUCGGAAGCUGGAAACAUUAAAAGGUUAUACAGGGCAGUGGUUGUUGAAGCUGAUGGCUCUGGAGUUCCAAUAAAUGAAUGUAAAGGGAAUUUCGUCGAAAUAUCCUUGGUUCCUGACUCGUCCAAUUUUUCUGAGAAGAUGCCUGAAUCCUUGCCAUUGCCUGGGCCAGAGUUAUCAAAUCCAGCUGCUGAAGCUUCUACUUCUUUGGCUGUACCUGUGAUGCCAGACGCAGGGAUGAUCAAAUUACCACCACAGACUGAGAUUGUUCCUUUGCCAGCUGAAGUUAAGAGCGAGAGUAAUGCAGAGGCUAGGAAACAGGAAUCUGAAGAUUCUUUGUCAGUCAUUCAUGCUGCUAAAGAAUCUGCACAUGUGGAUGAAGUUUCUUCUGUCUCAGUUGAGGUUUCAAAUAAUUUUUCGAAUUCAGAAAAGAGCCCGAAAGAUAAGUUGCACUCUGUUCCUGCUAUGUCUAGCCCCAGCCCCAGCCCCAGCCCCAGCCCCAGCACCUGUAGUAAAAUAAGCAAAUCAUUUACGAGUAGUCCUCGGUUUAUCUUCAGGAGCAAGAACGCUGGCAAGAAUAAAGUAAAGCAGGAUUUAAGUGCUUGUUGUAGUUCUGGUUCACAUGAAAGGAAUGCGGACACUGAUUUAAAUUCUAGCGCUAGUAAUUUGGAGAACCAGACACAGAUCUGUACUCCAAAGCAUGAAAAGGAAGAAAAUGAGAAAGCUUCUCCAUUGUCCAGCAGUGCAAAUGCUAGCAGCAUUGAAGUAAGUUCAAGUGUUGGGGACAUGAGUUCAAGUAACAGAACUAAAGCUCUUGUGAGAACAGGCGACGAGAGAUCGAUAUCAAGGGAAAAGGGGGAAUUCUCCCAAAGCUCAAAGAGUAGCAUUGGUGACUAUAGCAGCUGCACAAGCACUAGUGAGGAAAGCAGUGUAAGUGGAUCAAGUCGUAGUGGCAAGAGACCUCACAUGUCAAAAGAUAUAAGAUGGGAAGCCAUCCACCAAAUUCAGAAACUAUAUGGGAGCUUGGGUUUGAGGCACUUUAAGCUGCUCAGAAGGCUUGGUUGUGGGGACAUUGGGACUGUGUAUCUUGCUGAGUUAACCGGGACUAAUUGCCUUUUUGCUUUGAAAGUGAUGGACAAUGAGUUUUUGGCUACUAGGAAAAAGAUGCUAAGGGCCCAAACAGAAAGAGAGAUACUACAGAUCCUGGAUCAUCCUUUUCUCCCGACGCUGUACGCCCAUUUUGUUUCAGAUAAGCUCUCAUGCUUGGUUAUGGAGUAUUGUCCUGGUGGGGAUCUGCAUGUAUUGCGGCAAAAGCAACCCACCCGGAGCUUCUCUGAACAAGCUGCUAGGUUUUAUGUUGCUGAGGUCCUCCUUGCCCUGGAGUAUUUACACAUGCUAGGAGUUGUUUACCGAGACUUGAAACCUGAAAACAUUCUGGUCCGAGAAGAUGGGCACAUCAUGCUUUCAGACUUUGAUUUGUCACUUAGAUGCGCUGUCAAUCCAAUGCUCCUCAAAUCGACAUCUCCAGCAGCGGAGCCUGCAAAAAAGUCGUCGAGUCCGUGCACGGAUUCCAGCUGCAUUGACCCUUUCUGCCUCCAGCCAUCCUGGGAGGUCUCCUGCUUCACUCCCAGGGUCUUAUCAGCUACAGCCAAAUCCCGGAAAAUGAAAUCAGAUCUUGCUGCCCAAGUCAGCCCACUGCCACAGCUUGUUGUGGAGCCAACGAACGCCCGAUCAAAUUCCUUUGUCGGAACUCAUGAAUACCUGGCUCCGGAGAUCAUCAAAGGCGAGGGUCAUGGGAGUCCUGUUGAUUGGUGGACUUUUGGAAUCUUUCUGUUUGAGCUAUUAUACGGUAGGACCCCAUUCAAAGGUUCAGGAAAUGAGGAUACACUGGCCAAUGUUGUGUCAAAGGGUCUCAAGUUCCCAAGUACCCCAAUGGUUACAUUUCAUGCAAGGGAUCUGAUUAAAUGUCUGUUGAUAAAAGAUCCCGAGAACCGUCUAGGAUCGGUGAAGGGGGCGACAGAGAUCAAGCAGCACCGAUUCUUCGAAGGUCUGAAUUGGGCGUUGAUUCGGUGUGCAAUUCCGCCAGAACUGCCAAAGUUUUGUGAUGUUGUUGUUGGAAGUGGUACUACUACUGCUGCUACAACUAUUACUACUACACAGAAGCAGGAGAGCACAAAGUGUAAGGAGUUUGAAGAAGGUAUAUCUGAGAAUACUGAGUUUGAGGUGUUUUAGCUAAAUCCUCUAUCCUCUUCUCCUGCAGAAAAGAUAGGCUCUUUUCCAAGCUUUCUUUUUCUUUUUUCUUCUUCUGUCUUCUUUUUUUUACUGAAAAAUAUAGCUUAUAUAGUAUUUAGUGUAAAUGUAACUUAAAUAUCAAUAUAUGAUGAUGAUGAUGAUAUAUGAUUAGUGAGAAGCUGAGUAUGGAAAUUCCAUGUUUCUUUC